ACAUAUAAUAUAUCCUCUAGCUCAAUAUCCAUAAAAAUAUAAAAAGCUUAUAAGACUCUUAAACUGGUAUGUUCGGUUUAUUUUCUUCAUUUAUUUUCUUGGGGUUCACCUUCAAGUUGAAAGUGGUUCUGGAUUUUGUUGUUGGUUUCGGUCGUCAAUUUAUAGUUCCAAGAGAUUAAUAGACCGUCUAUUCAUUCGCAAAUGUGAAGCACUUAGUGUUUUGUACCUCAAUCGGACGGACAGACUUCACGUGUGUAGCAAUUGUCACGCUGCUGCUGGCUAUACCGGAACAAAAGACCAAGAUUCAAAGUUGUUAAAGAGUCCGGUUUUAUUCACACUAUACCUACUACAUAAUACUAACUUACUUGUAUGUAAAAAAAAAAUAUCGAUUGGUUCUUUUUUCUGUGAUCUUUGAGUAAAGAAGUGAUCAUCGGAUUGGCAGUUGGAAGAGCAGCAAAGUGGAAGUAACCAGUUUUUAUUUAUUAUUAUUAUUUUUUUUCUCCCAUCGAACAAAAGUGAAAGUACAUCAAAACAAUAUGUUUCUUAUUAAAAUAUGCUUUUUGGGUAGCUUGGUACUGCUUUGCAGUGCGGAAAGCAAGAACGAUUCACAAAAUCUAACAACAAACGAAAAUAACGAUUUAUUCGACAACGCCGCUGACGCUGCAUUUGAAACAGCACAUAAAAUUCCUGACAUGUCGUCGAAUGAAUUCCAAACAUCACAUAAGAUCUCAAACCAACCUAAGGCAGAUUAUCUAAUCAUGGAAAAUAAUGAUGAUGACGAUGAUCAUGACUCCAGGUCUUUGAUGCAACUACAGCAAACUCAAAAUCUACUUUCGACAAAAGAACGACCUGAACUGAAUCCUAUUUUGAGUGCUCUGAUUAAUGAAGACGUUAUGAAAAGCAUAGAAGCUAAACGUGCCAUUGAACAGGAACAACUUGAUGCUAUUGCCCUAGAUGAAGCUGCCGAUAGCGUCUCAUCGACAACAGAAAUUCAACCAAUGAUUUUGACAACUGUCAAAGCUACAUUGAUGGAACAAGAAGAAGAAGCUAACUCAGGACUAAUUGAUAAACAAACCAAUUUAUUCGCAGCUGGAUCAGAAAAUAAUCAAAAAUCUCGUAUUCAAAUUAAAAAGGGUCCCAACGGAAUGGACUAUGAAUAUGAAUACGUCUACUAUUAUUACGAUGAUGAUGAGGGUCUUGGAGGUGGAAGUGGAAAAGUGCAACAACAAGAAGCUGAAUCAACUCUUGUUCAAGAAACCAGCAAGCGAGGAGCCCAACCUUUGGAACGUGGCAAAUCACGUUAUACAAAUAUUGAACGCAGCACAACUUCUGCCCCUGAUAAUGCUCUUGUAAGUGGAAAAGCCAAGGGACGUGCCGCAGCCCCAACCAAUGACGUAGACGAAGGUCGUUUGCCAGUAAUUACCCGCUUCCCAUCACGUGGAAGUAACAAUGAAACCAAUCCAACAGCCUCUCUGGAAAGUUUCCAAAACACUGCAAGUGCCUCAAAUGAAAAGAGCAAGAAGAUCAGCGUUAAGCAUCCCAGUCUUGAGUUGGUAGACAGCGAAACAUUUAACACUGAUGAAAAACAAACUAAGGGUUCUCCACGCAAUGGAGAUUCUGAGAAAACCACACCAGCUGCAGCAGUAAUAAGCGAAGCUCCAACUGAACCAAAAAAUGAAGAAAAUAACUUGGAUGAAAAAAUGGUUGACGAAAUUGAACAAACAACACCUUUAAUGGAAAAGGCUGCAUUAGACUUGUAUGCAAUUUUGGCCAACGAAAAUCUAGAAAUGGACAUGACCACCGAUUUAGACAAGGAUUUGACAACUAUCAUGCCAACAGAGUCAGAUAAUGACAUGACCACAAUCGAAAAUGAAGACCAGACUAUAAUUCCAACAACACCUGUACCAACAAGUACAACAACCACUACUGAACCACCAACAACAACUACUACAACCACAACAACAACCACUACCACGACUACCACAACGCCGGCACCGCCAACAUCUUUGUUUGGUGCUGGGCGUCGUGGAUUGGCAGGAACAGCAGGAAGAAACCGAUUCCGUUUGAAAUCCGGAGCAGCUGAGGCAACUACCACAAGUACAACAGAGGCACCCGCAACGCCAGCUGGAGAGGCACAUAGCUCAAGCUCUGGCGGACUAAAAGGAAGAAAUCGUUUCCAGCGCCCAUCAUUUGGAAACCGUAAAGCUUCUGCAAGCCCAACUCCUGUGUCAUCACCAGAUACUGUUGAAAAGGAAAUUGUCGCCAAGGAAUCAGAAAAACCAGUGGAAUCUUCGCCUGCACUUCGUGGUAGAACUCGUAAUCGUUUCAACCUUCGUGGCUCUUCCACUACUUCAACAGCAGUGCCGAGCACCGAUCAAGAACAAAACGAUGAGACUAACCAAAUUUCGAGUACUACAGCGCGAUCAUUACGCGCCCGUCCAACACUGAAUAUUCGUGGACGAAGUCGCAUUGGAGCCCGCCCAUCUCCCUCUACACAAGCACCACCUGCAACAGACAACGACGAAACUGCCGCCACUCCAGCUCCAUUAGCUGCUGGCGAAGCUGGUGAAGAAAAACCUUCGUCAUUGCCAUCUCUUCAAACAAGGCCUUCAAGGUUUAAUCUAAACCGUGCAGGAGCAGCUGGCGCACCUGGUAGCAAUCGUCUAUUGCCACGUUCACGCAUAAAUACUCUUCGUACAACCUCGACAACACCAACAUCUGAAUCCGUAGAUGAAGUUAGCAGCCCUGAAGCUAAAGAAGAAAUCGAUAACGAAAGUGAACCCAAAAGCGAACCCGAAACAACAACGUCAACAGGAGGACUGAACAAACUCAAAUCUCGUCCACGUCUACUAGUUCAACCGAAGACUGAUAGCAAACCUAAAGCAUCACCGGCAAUAGUUGCCGCUAGGAAGCCCAAUCCUCUAUUAGCGCGGAGAAAGCUUGCACUAGGAGCAUCUACGACAGAAUCAGUUGCUCCCGCUGAAGAACAGCCAUCCGAAGAUUCUGGCAGCGAAAGUCAUGUUGAUAAAACUGACCCCGACGCAAACUCGUCCACAACCGAAGAAAUUAAGGCUGAAGACAACACUGAAAUUCCAGAAACGACAACAAAACAAGCACGUGGCUUGGGACUUCUAACGCAAAGAAGGCGUCUCCCAAUAAGAAAACCUGGAACCCAACUGUAAAAUGUCUCAAUUUGUUGUUGUCACCCAGUCGCCCAUCGUCCUCGCCCCUCUCCCCCCCCCCCCUAUGCUGUCCUGCGCCUUCUUAAACUGCAUUCACACUCAACAUUUUGCCUCUUCUUUUUAUUUUAGUGUUUUUUUUUUAGCUGUGCCUUUUUUGAAAAAAAAAACAAACAAACAAAACACGAAAAUUAUUUUUUAAACAAAAAUCAAAUCGAGAUUAAUAUAUAUUUCACUAUUUUCUUAUUUUUAUGUUUUUUAAAGUUCGUAGUAUUUCAAUAUCAUAUAAAAUAAUUUGAUUUAUUUAUGUCAGAAAAAAAAAAACAAAAUCAAUAAUAUAACUAUAAAUCUUUGUGUAGUUAGUUAUAUGAAAUAUAAAGUCAGUGUUUUGUAUUUAUUUUUUUUAGUUUCAAUCUUUGUAUAUUUAGCAAAAUAAAAUAGAUCUAAAAUAAUGCGGGAAAAAUAAAUACAAACGCUUAAAAUUAGUAAGACGAUUAAUUUAAUAAAAUAAAAAAAAUUAUAUAACGUAUAUAUAGAAAGAAAUAAAUGAGAUUUAUGCUUAGUGAUUAUUUUAAGUAAUUUUCUAUUUUAGAAACUACUACUACUACUGCUAAAAUUACUUAACAAAAAACUGAACAUUGAAA